CUCCUCCUGCGGCUCCUGAAGUUUGCAAUGGAACCGCCUCCCGCGCCGGGAGCCCCCGGCCACCCGGCUCUGCGUGACGAUAGGAAGGGCUACCACCGACCCUAGGGGUGUCUACUCUGCGGCGUAGCGAACUCCUCAAUUCCUUAGGCCCACCGGGGGGAGGGGGACGUUGGGGCUUCGAGGCCAAACCAUCUCCUGGGUCCCCUCGAGGGCCCCAUUCUGCCCUAUUUGCGCCAGCCCUGGGGCCCUGGCGACCCCUCGCCCUCUGCAAAGAGCCCCAAAUUCCUGGGUCCGCUGCCUCAAGCCACCAUCUGGAGUCCACGGCUAGGCUGGCCCAGGCAGGGAGCACCCCCUCCCCUUGGCGGUGACGGGCAGGCCCCACCCCCGCCAAGACCAAGUUCAACAAGUUUGGCCAAGAAGUCCUAGAGCCUAUAUGGCUAGGCCUGGCCAUGCCGCUCCGUGUGGGCUCCCCGGGUUCCGAGUUGUGCCGCGCCGGGUGGACAAGAUGGGGGUUAUCCAGGGGCUCCGUCCGUAAGGGUUGAGGCCAGAGACGCGCCGCCCGUGGGCUGCGAGAUUUGAUGUGCAGUCUCGGGGUUUGGAAUGCGUCAACAGAGAGCCGGCAACUCAGCCGGCAGCUCCAAAUCUGCCACCAUUCCUUGCUGCGGGGACACCAUGGCUCCAGAAGAGGAUGCUGGAGGGGAAGCCUUAGGGGGCAGUUUCUGGGAGGCUGGCAAUUACAGGCGGACAGUGCAGCGGGUAGAGGAUGGGCACCGGCUGUGCGGGGACCUGGUCAGCUGCUUCCAGGAACGUGCUCGCAUUGAGAAGGCCUAUGCCCAGCAGCUAGCUGACUGGGCCCGCAAGUGGAGGAGCACUGUGGAGAAGGGCCCCCAGUACGGCACACUGGAGAAGGCCUGGCAUGCCUUCUUCACCGCGGCGGAGCGCCUGAGCUCGCUGCACUUGGAGGUGCGGGAGAAGCUACAGGGGCAGGACAGCGAGCAGGUGCGCAGCUGGCAGCGCGGAGCCUUCCACCGUCCAGUGCUGGGCGGCUUCCGUGAGAGCCGGGCUGCCGAGGAUGGCUUCCGCAAGGCCCAGAAGCCCUGGCUGAAGAGGCUGAAGGAGGUUGAGGCUUCUAAGAAGAGCUACCAUGCAUCCCGGAAGGAUGAGAAGACAGCCCAGACUCGGGAGAGCCACGCAAAGGCAGACAAUGCUAUCUCCCAGGAGCAGCUGCGCAAACUGCAGGAGCGGGUAGAACGCUGUGCCAAGGAGGCUGAGAAGACGAAAACUCAGUAUGAGCAGACGCUAGCAGAGCUGCAUCGCUACACCCCACGCUACAUGGAGGACAUGGAGCAGGCCUUUGAGACCUGCCAGGCUGCUGAGCGCCAGCGGCUUCUUUUCUUCAAGGAUAUGCUGCUCACCUUACAUCAGCACCUUGACCUCUCCAGCAGUGAGAAGUUCCAUGACCUCCACAAAGACCUACACCAGAGUAUCGAGGCAGCCAGUGAUGAAGAGGAUCUGCGCUGGUGGCGUAGCACCCAUGGGCCAGGCAUGGCCAUGAACUGGCCACAGUUUGAGGAGUGGUCCUUGGACACACACAGGACAAUUAGCCGGAAAGAGAAGGGUGGCCGGAGCCCUGAUGAGGUUACCCUGACCAGCAUUGUGCCCACAAGAGAUGGCACUGCACCCCCGCCCCAGUCUCCGGGGUCCUCAGGCAGGGGGCAGGAUGAAGAGUGGUCAGAUGAGGAGAGUCCACAAAAGGCUGCUACUGGUGUCCGGGUUCGAGCACUCUAUGACUAUGCUGGCCAGGAAGCUGAUGAGCUGAGCUUCCGAGCAGGAGAGGAGCUGCUGAAGAUGAGUGAGGAGGAUGAGCAGGGCUGGUGCCAGGGCCAGUUACAGAGUGGCCGUGUUGGCCUGUACCCUGCCAAUUAUGUGGAGUGUGUGGGUGCCUGAGUGUCCUGACAGCCCCUGUACAACGUUUCUCCAACCUGGAUCAGAACCCAGCUUCCCCUGGACAGCCGGACCUGAGGGCCCUGAACAAUUGUGACCCUCUGUACCCUGAGGAGGAAGAAGUCCUGGGACCCAGGGAGGCGAGGGGCCUGUGUCUAGGAAGCCACUGGUAGGGAAGGGCCAACUGAGUCUAUGCUAAGGUUGAGAGGGAGGUUGGAGGUGACAGAGGGUACAGGGUUGCCUGGGCCUACGAGUAGUUGGGUCUCCCUAGGAGUUGUGAAUUCAGUUCCUGGCCUCUGUUUUGAGGUCCUGGGGUGGAUGUAGUUCUGGGCUAGCAGCACCCUCUUUUGUGGCUUGUUUUAGUGUGUAUUAAACAUGACUAAACAAACACUGU